AUGAAUGCAGAAGAACGAAAGAACAUUCCAAAUAAUAAUCUCAUUUAUUUUCUUCGCUAUCAUCAUUUUAGUAAUACACUUCCACGUGAAAUAGUCACAAUUAAUGGCCAAGAAUCAAUAGUUUGCCUCUCAUGUGCAGAAAAACAAUAUUCUAAUGGAAAAAUUCCUUAUCUAUCAUUAAUACAAUCAAAUAUAAAAUAUAAUAAAGUUUUAGCAUUACUUAAUCGAACAUUUCGUACAUUCUAUGAUUUAAGUGAUUUAACAAAUGAAUCUAAAGAACAUAUUGAACAAAAAAAAGAAGCUAUUAAAGAAGGUGUAUUAACAUGUUUAAAUUUAUUACGUCCAACUAUUCGAGAAAAUAAUCAAAUAGCACCAAUAAAUGAUAUAAAAAAGAAGAUAAUAAUCAAGAAAAAACAUUUAAAUAUUCUUCAUAAUGAGAGUGAUGAUGAUGAUGAUGACGAUGAAAAUGAAAAAGAAAAUCAAUCAACAACACCUGUUAGCGACGAUAAUUCUAUGCGACGUAAAACUGUACGUGGUUCAAAUACAUCAAAACGAUCAGUUAGUAUAAAAACAUCUGAUAAUGAAUCACCAUCUAAACGAACAAAAAUAAUUCAAGAUAUUGAUAAACCAUUAGCAGUAAUAAGUCCAACUGUUACUAAGAAAAUAACACCUAAUCGAAAGAAAAAAGCUGAUGAUAAUGAUGAAGAAAAAAAACCGAAAUCAAUUCGUUUAAUACGAAAAGUUCAACAAACAGCAGAUGAUUCAAAAAUUCUUGAAACAUCUAAAUUAAUAAGAAAACAAGAUACUGAAGAAGAAACAGAUAUUCAUCGUAAAAAACCAAUCUUACCAAAUAAAUCUUCCAAUGAUAUACGGAAUGAUAAAGGUGAAUCAAUAAUACAUCAAGCAGUUAAAAAAGGUGAUAUAACUCGUGUUAAACAAUUGAUCGAAGAAGAAUAUUCUGUCAAUACAAUUGAUCAUAAUUCAUGGACACCAUUACAUGAGGCUAGUUCAAUGUGUGAUAUUCCAUUAAUGGAAUUAUUACUUGCAAAUAAUGCUAAUAUUAAUAUUCAAGGUGGUAAUGAACGAAUGACUGUUUUACAUGAAGCAGUUUUAAAUGAAAAUGUGGAUGAAUCUAUUAUUAAAUUUUUACUUGAAAAUGGUGCUGAUCCACAUUUAAAAAAUAAAAAUGGUAAAACAGCUAUUGAUCUUGCAACUACAUCAACAAAUACUAAAAUUUUAUCAUUAUUCGAAAAAAUUCAAUGUUUAAAACCUAGUCAAAAUGAUUUACCAAUUGCUCCACCACCAUCACGACGACGUGGACGAACAACAUCAUCAUCUACUAUACUGUUUUUUACUGGUUUUGAUAAAGCACGUAAAGAAUCAUUAAUAAAAUCUGUUCAGUCAAUAUUUGGUCGUAAAUGUGUAACAGCAGCAAAAAAUAUUGAAAAUAAUGUUACGCAUGUUAUUGCCUGUGGCGAACAAGAUAAAAUUGCCUUUCGAACGAUAAAUUAUCUACGUGGAAUUGUUCUUGGAAGAUGGAUUGUUUCGGAAAAAUGGAUUGAUGAAUGUAUAAAUAAAAAAGAAUGGAUAAAUGAAAAUGAUUAUGAAAUUAUUGGUUCACAACUUGAACCGAAUUCAAAUGGUGCACAUAUAAGUCGAAUGAAACAUGAACAAAAAGAAAUACUUCUUUUUGAUAAAUGUGAAUUUUAUCUCUAUGGACAAUUUCAUACAUAUAAAAAAGAAGAUUUAGCUGAAUUAAUUAAAAUAACGAAUGGAAUUUUACUUAAACGUGAACCAAAAUUACAUCGAAUUGAUAGUGAUACAGAUAUAAAUUCUAAUAAUCAAUUAACAAUGACAUAUAUUAUAUAUGAAACAACUAUACCGGAUGUUCUUCAUGAUAAUAAUCGUAUAAAACAUAUAAAAUUACUUGAUUUUUUGGCUUGUAUAGAUUAUUAUGAAACUCUUAAACAAUUAGAUAAUUAA